GUAUAUAAAAAUUACCAGUAAUUCCUAGUUAUAUUAAUGCCAAAAGAAAAUGGUGCAUUAUCCCAAUUCCAAUCCCUUCCUUUCGUUGUUUCUCAGCCAGUAAGAGUUGUGUUUCUGUAUGGCAUUAACAAUGGUCGCAGCUCAUAGCCGCGUGCUGCUUCCCUCGGCUUUUUCAUGGAAGCAUGUGAAGGGGUGUGUACAGAACAGAACCUCAGUUUCCUUUGCUGUUCCAGCACAAUGUUACCCUUCAAUCCAGUGUGGUAGGGGUGAUAGGCGGACAAAAAAGGGCAAGAGAUUCAAUCACUCGUUUGGAAAUGCACGGCCAAGGAAUAAGAAGAAGGGAAGAGGGCUGCCACCACUUCCUCUGCCACCAAGGCCACCUGGGAAAGAUGAUCCUUUUGAUGAUGGAGAGAAAAUUGAGAUAGAAAUUGAUGAAUUUCUUUUCUGAGAUAGGGGAAUUCGUAUUGUCUGUGUUAAAUGCUGUUGUUUUUAGAGCUAAACAAACCUCUAAAAUGUUGUUUAAUUCCUUGUCAAAUUGCUAAGAUAUGCCAUGUUUGUGGCUGCUUAUUUCAUGUUAAAAUCGUGUGUAUCUGGAAUAAUCUUCAUGUAUCUUUUUAGUUCCUGCCUGCGGGUGGGAAACUAUAGCGGAGGCUAUUUUCGUUAACCUGUUAUUAAUCUAAGCAAAAACAACCAAUCAUAUUUA